AUGCAGCUAUACCGCAAAUAUCGACUUUGGCGCCCAACAGCCUUUGAGUGUGAUAUGCGAUUUCCUGCAGCCUGGCCCUGUUCGUUGCUCUGCCCAACGUGGAUGCGCUUGAUCCCCAGCCUCCCUGUUCCGCAUCACUUCCACGCCUUAAAACCUCGUUGGGACGCCUCCGAUCGGACCUUUGCGCUGAUAAAGGCCUGA